UAUUACAUGCAUAUUCCCGAGUAAACAAAUAAAUAACAAAUAACAUUCGUCAACAACACGUCACGUGACCAAUACUUGGGUUCCCUGUAGCUAGUUUACGCUCUUGUUUGAGACUGCUAAUCCGACGGAAAAACACGAAAAAGACGUAAAUAAUCUGCUUUUGCUUUCAUGAUGAAAUGCAGGCGGCUAGGAUGGAUCCAGCGGAAGAGCCCCCAUCGAUGUUGUGGGGACUGGACCCGAUCUUUUCUGCCUUCACCAGGCUGUACGUCAGAGACAUCCUGCAGAUGAUAGAGUCCACACAGGUGCCAGGCAUUUACUUCUACAACUCACAUCCAAUCUACAAAGUCGAUGUACUUGGUACAGUGGUUUACAAGAGAGAAAGAGAAGACUUCUUCUGUUAUGGAGUGGAUGAUAGUACUGGGGUUAUAAACUGCCUGUGCUGGAAAAAUGACCUGUUGAAAGACGAGGGGGAGCCUGCUAAAUCAGGGGGGAAACACAGUGAUGGGGCUCAGGAAGGCUUCAACCCAGUCUCUGAGCUGAAGAAGCUGAGACAGGCCCAGCAGAGCCGCUGCCACCUGGAGAUUGGAGAGCUGCUCCGAGUUAGAGGACCAGUGAAGACGUCGAGGCAACAGAGAGAAAUCAUGGCCUCCACCUACUAUAAAGUGAACGACCCAGUGAUGGCGGUCCAGAUAGCGUGGAUGAUGGAGGUUCCUCAGCUCUACAGACAGUGCUACGACAAACUAUUCCAGCUGCAACCUAAUGCAACAGGUGACUCAGCCAUCAGUUCCCUCAGCAAGGCAACGAAUAUCAUCAAGGAUUUCUUCAAGCAGAAGUCGGUGACCAGGUUCAGACCCUAUGAUGUUCAGGAUCUUUUGCAGCCUCUGAUCUCCAGCCAGCCUCAAACAGCAUCUGCAGACCAGGAGCCUGUGGCGGGUCCGUCUGCAUGCCAGCAGCUACGGCAGCUUCUGAAGGAGGCCCUGCAAAUUUUACAGGACGAGGGUAUUGUGUACCGCAAGGUCAAAUCCCAAGAUGAAGUCUAUCAUGUGACUGCACAUGACACAGAUCUAUUCAUAGCCAUCAAAGACAUUCUCAGGGAGGACUCAAAGAGAGAGAAGUAUGCAGAGAAGGGUUGCCACAUCCUGCACAUUCUGUCUGCAGUCAGGCAGCGCUACAGCCUCAACGUGAGCAAAGAAGCACUGGAGCUGGUCCUCAAAUCACUGGAGUGCAACAGUGACAUCGUCAGCACCAGCGACAGCCAUUACACUGUGUUCUAACUUGAGCACAGUGGGGUCGGGAACUCAGUAUUACUGCAUAUACUAUGUGUAGCAUGGCUUAUUGCUCCAAAAUGUGAGCGUCCAAUACAUUUAAGUAAAUCAUUCCAUUUUUAUUCCUUUGUUUAUCAUGAAUAUCGUCAAGUGUGGCACUUGCCAACAUUAGUUGAACUCCAUAUUUAUUAAGUUUAAUAUAAAAUGCGAAAGCCAUGCCUAAGAAAAUGGACACCAGGAAAGCUUUCAGGACCACUGUGCACUCCACUGUUGUAAAUAUUUGUGAUAGUUUGGUAAAUUUAGAAAUAAAUAAACAAUAAAUAACAGA